GUGGCCCCGAGUUGCCCCGACUGUUUACAAUUAUACGUGUGUGCCUUCAGGGACACUGCGUGAAAUUUCAUAUCUCCGUUUCGAUCAAUUUAGGUUAGAUCGAUUGUCGCUGAUACCGUUCGGUUUAGAUGCACCCAGAUGAGCUGUGCUCAGCUGUGCCUGGACGAAACGUGAUCGUCGGAGACCACACAAUGAAUCCUGUUGCCUCAUCAGCAAAUGAACAACUAAUAACAAUGCUGAAUAACAAUGAUAAAUAGUGUGUAUGACGUUAUCUCCAAUGCACCAGGUUAUCGUACUUUUCUUCGCUGCGUCCGAUCGCCUUUGUCACGUUUCAACAUGCAGCAAGCAUGUUUCGUUACAGCGAAAUUUUCUGAGACUGUCGGAUAAUAUUCAGUGAUCCAGUCGCCGAUCGGCACUGAUCGAUAAAUCCACAAUUACUUUGGCGGUCAUCCUAUGCAUUAUGGAGAAGCAGAGACAGAAGAAGAAACGAGAUAAAUCGCGCCGUUCGAUUUUGGAGCAUCAAAUACCAGAUGCUCCCACGUUAGAAGAGUUUGAGUGCCUGCUUGGAGAGUCGCCCACAAAUUAUCCCAAGGGUGAAGCUGUGGAAGAUAUAGAGAGCGAGUUGCAUUCGGCCGCUAUUGAUACAGAAGUUUACGAAAAACAAGCUGCUGAGAGAGCAGCCCAGAAAAAAUGCGGUCAGGAAGUUGAAGCGAAUGAGGUUGAAUUAGCGGUGUUGCUGUUAGCUGAAGAUUCUUAUGACGAGGUCGACGCCGUCCAACCUUGUCCGGUGUCCGACAACACUGUAGAUGAUCAAAUAGAACAGAUUGAUCAAACAGAUCAAAUAGAUGAAAUGCAAGUAGCUGUUUCCACAAUUCAACUGAUAGACGUAUCGUCAACUAUCCCAGAGGAAGCCAGUCAAAUAGUGCAAGAGUCCGAGGAUACAAUCGAAGUACCGACUCCGUGUGAGAAGACCCCGUCGAAGGAGACGGAAGUUUUGGAAGUUAAGAAAGAUACGGCGAGUGCCUUCAAGGAUGUCAGACCAUUCACGGAUCAGCAAUUGGCGUCCUUGUAUCACAAUCAGGAACUGAUGUUGGUGGAUGCUUUUGUAGCCGAGUUUACAGAGACGCAGUUGAGAUGCGCACCGCUUAGGCAGCAACACAGGCUGCACGAGCUGCUGAUGAACUACUUGAGAGUGCGUAACCAUCUAAUCGCAAAUUCGUACGAAUUGGAGCGUUUGAAGAAGAGCUGCCGGGAGACGCAGAAGCAGCUUUGGUGCCUGGAGAAAGCGUCGGAGACAGAGAAUGGCGAGUGCCAAGAUGGCAAUCCCGUCACUGCCACUCAUGAGUAUUCGGUCGCUCAUUUCAAUCAGCAGGCGCUGAUAGCGCUCUCCAGGACGCUAUCGGCCAUCAAAGACACCCUACACGAAAGCCAGGCGUUGUAUUGCUACGAAGCAGAGUCGUUGCGUCUGCAAAUUGAGCAUUACGUGCAAAGAGUCGCUAGGAGCUUCAACGAGUUUGCCAAUCUUUCACAAACCGCCCCAGCAAAUCUUUUACCGGAGCAAUCGCCAUCCCAGACAGCUCCGCAGCUGGUCGAGCUUAGGAUGUGCGUAACUGUCCUGUUCAACUUCCAACGUCGAGUUCUCAAAGACGGCAAAUUCGUCACGGACACCAGAGAAUGGCUGUCGAAACUGGUGGCGGUGCUCUUGAGGGUCGCUACCUGGCAGGAUCAUUUGUUUCUAUUGAAUCAUAUACUGCGAUGUCCUGGCGGCGUGAUGAACUGGGCCAAAUCCUUCGUACAAGUGCCAGUGCCGCCAAAAGUCUCGGGAUUGAGCUCCUCGCCAUUUAACGAUCCAUAUCUCGAUCAUAUGAUUGCCACUCUCGCAGUAAUCCUGCUGCCAAUCAAGGAUCGAGAUAAGUUCUUAGAACAGGUGCAAGUAUCUCUGCAGGACACUGCAAACAGUCCAGGGGAUACAGUGUGGGUGAUGCUGGAUGAGGAGGGCGAAGAGGACGAAGAUAUCGCUAACGUCGGCGCUAAUCUCUUUGAGAGUGAUCUGAUUUCUCUUCUUCAUCAAAUCCCGCUGGACAAACUUUUCGAGCAGGUGCUGUUUAUUCAGCGCCAAAACGACAAGUACGAGCAGGAGGAGAAAGCCAUCACGGACCAUCACAUGUUGCGUCUCUUCGCGUUCUACAGCGUGCUCAUCAGACUUCUGAAGCAAGGCCUGAAGUCUUACGACUCGCCAAGAUAUAGACAAUUAGCGAAGAGGCUCAGCGCGUUGAUCAGAGACGUUGUUCAAUAUGCCAGCGAUCAGUGGGAGGCUUUCGACAAGAGCCAGAUAACCGACGAGUCAAUGCUGGUGAAACUGCAGACCGAAUACGAUUGUUUUUUCCUGAGAGCGAUCCUCUGCAUAUUCUCGUCCCGGCGUCUAGGUGCCUGGCAAUAUCUCGCCGCGAUACCAUAUCAUAUUAUAUCACCCACCACUCUGUGGCACAUCUUCUAUAUCCUGCAUACUGACUCAUCUGGUGAUACAACAACAUCAAACACGUCAGUCUCAGACUGGGAUACAGAACUGAGUUGUCCUGAACUUCAUAAACAAUUUGAAGAGAAGCUGGGCAACUUACCCGGCGACGAAUCCUACUUUCUGCUAACAACUUUUGCUAACAUGGCCAUGGCUAGAGGCUAUAAAGACUACGAUUUUGUGAGAACAACUACGAUUGAUCUAUUUCAAAUUGGAUUUCUCAGCGAGAAAACUCAAGAGUCCUGCUCGAAGGACGCGAGAUCGCUUUUAUUGAACUUGACAAGCAAAUAUCCUACUCUCUUGUCUGAUAUCCUGCAAAAAUUAAGGGACAAUUUUGUAUCAGUUGGAAAGUUGAGUUUGUAUUUGUUCACGGAGUUGAAGAUAGGAAUGUGGGUACCGCAACAGCAGGACAUAGCAAUUCUCUCCACCUGGUUGCAUCAACAUCCUUUAACUUCAUCCGAAAGCCAUCUGGCUCGAUUGGUUCUUACACAUUUAAAUUGGGGCCUCGACACAAAUGACAGUCUGUAUCUUCCGAUUGAUCUGCAUCGACAAGUGGCACUGCUGAUUGUCGAACUUACAAUGAAACACGUGCCCGACACUCCAAUACAGACGGCUUCGUUGUUAGCUGAAAGCAUGAAGCAAGUUUCCUCAAUGGUGAGACCUCAGAACAGCGAGCAAGCAUUCAGCCUGUGGGCAUGGGAGAUGAUUAAUAAACUGAGGCUGCAUCAGUUGGACCGAUCGGAAUCCGUGUGUCAAUAUACCAUCUCGAAUCCGGCUGAGGGUCUUUCUUGCGUGCCUAACAUGGAAUCGGACUCCUUCUUAGAGAUUCUAGUGAAAGGAGUACGCGAGAAGCAGCCGAUCGCGAGCUACGUCUCCGUAUUGAUGACCCUGUGGGGUCACUCGGUGCCGCUGAUCUGCGUCGAGGGUUUUAGCCAGUUGCAAACCUUGCAGUGCUACUAUAAAUACGAGCAGGUGCUGAUAUGUCUGCACCAUGUGAUACCGUUGUUUCUCGAGUGUCCAGAUUCCUUACUGAAGAACGACAAAUUUGUCAGCUUGAUUGUGCCGCUCAUCAACGCCGACCGCACGUAUAUGAAGAUAGCGAAGAACCUGAUCGCCCCGGAAUUCCCCGGCCCGAUUCUCAAACAAUUCUCCAACAUGAUUGAAUCUCAUUUGCAUCAUUACAAACGGUAUUGCUUGAAUAGUCCGGACCGUUUCGUGCACCUAUGGCUAAAUGUAUUGAUUCUCGUCCAGGACUGGAACAAAGACCAUAAUGUAAUGUAUUUGAUGGAUAGCGUGAUACGUGCGGCGUUCUUUCACUUAGAAGCCAGGGCGAUAAUGGAGAACAUGUUCCAAAAUCUCUUCUGCCCUGCUAUAGACGGAAGUAAUGAGAAUAUAUCGUCCAAUCGGGCGCCCGGGUCGUUUGGAUCAUUUCUGAGUUGGGCAACAGGCUCUUCUAACUCAGCAAGCCUCCUUGGUGGAACCGUUCCAACAAUAUGGCUCGCUUAUCAAAUUCUGUCAACAGAGCAACAUGAUAGGGAGCUUAAAACCGGACUGUGGCGAGAGAUCCUGCGAGAACUGUCAAUGCAAUCCAAGAUAUCUUUAGACACUGCGCUCAAGAGGGCCUGUGCAACAGUGAAGAUUACUCCGUUCGGAGUAGGCAACCUGGCUAUUUAUCGCUGGUCCCAGCAAGCCCUUGAUACACCCAUGGAUCAUCCCAUUCUGCCUCUCUUGUGGCAGAAUUUUUUUAGCUUGUUCCUCGCACGAGCUCCUACCAUCCCAGGAUCUAUGGACAAAGGUGGGGUCGGAGAAAAAUUUUUUGAGGGGAUGAUAAAUCUAAGCUACUUGAAGAAGUUGAAGAAACGACUGCACGAAACGACAGAGUAUUUCCAAAUGAAAGGAGAAAAGGACACGGACAAUGGAAAACCGAUCACGGAUGAUCGGCGUGUAUUUUAUUUCAGUGCUGCAAAGUUUUAUAAAACAUUGAGCCUUUGGUUGGAGGAACCUCGUCUUCAGGAACCGGGACUUUAUCUUCCAGCCCUGCCACCGCAAUAUAUGUCACAGAGGCUAAUUCUACUAAUGCAAGGAGAUCGAACCCUCUGGCUGGAAUACGUCGACUACUGGGCGGUGCACCAGAGCCAACUCAAAGCCGUUUGUGAGUGGGAACGUGCGACGUUCCGCGAUCCCGAGAACCAGUACCAGAAGUUUUCUCAGCCUUCGUCGAACGCCAUAGAAUCGAUCGAACCUCUUUGCAGAAUCUUCCGCAGGCUGAGCUCCUACGAACCGCCGGUUCCACCGCCGCCUUUGAGCCGCAAUCAGCCGGUGCUGGGCUGCUUAGCCAGGGAAUGCCUUUACAACUCCGCUACCGUUAUCGAUCUAGUCAAACCACAUCUCAGAGUCAUCCUUGACUAUGCACAGACCUACAGUCUCAUGGUAUCCGAGCACACCGCGGCGGACUGCAGCUUCCUCGAACUAGUUCCAACUCUCUAUCGGAUCUAUGAGAACCACGUUACCUUGCAUGCUCUCUGCGACCCUGCGCCAUCCGGUCAGAGGCGCUCUAGAUCAGGCACGCCUCCCACUGUGCAUUGUGCAGGCCCGGCGAUCAUCGAGAUCACAGUUGAGGAAGCGCACGUCAGCGAAGGCGUGGACCAUAUGAUAACCCAGAACCGGGCCGAGUAUGAGAAUCUCUUGGUGAAAGCUAGUCAACCGCCACCCAGCAAGGUCACUCUGGGCUGCGUUUUCACCGAUCAUUUAAUCGCGAUGUUGGAGCACGAGUUAGCUGUCAGUCGUACUAACGAAAACAUCACCGUAUUACGCAAGGUACAAGAGAGUGGAGUCAAACUGUUCUAUCAUUUAGUAGAAUUCUAUACGGAAGAAGCAGCGCUAUGCCCUCCCACGAAGCAGCUUAUCACUACUUGCUUGGAGAAGCUAGGACAGUUGUUCAUCAGCGGCGAGGAAACCCAGGGUCCGCAAUUACUGAACGCUAUAAUUCAGAGGCCUAAUCUCGGAGGUCUGUUGGGACCACACUUUACUCCUGUCGCUGGAGGAGCCUCCACAUUCUUGCAAAUGUAUCAAACCGUCGUGGACCUGUCAACCGGGUCCAAUGUCGACUUGUGCUUCGUAUUGCUCUCGAAGUUUGACGUCGGCAGCUGGCUGAACUAUCGCCGUCCGCGACUGAGCGAAAGAUCUACCUUCAUAGAUCUAGUUUCAAGGGCGUUGUGCGACAUAGGCUUGACUCCUGAAGAGGAAAAGCUGAUGCUGCAUGAACUGUUUCGAAACCAUCUACGACUCAUUCUUCUGCACGAAUUCCCCGAGCACUAUGGUGAAGUAUUGAGCGCAGUGCUGAGAGGAUCUGAGAGCCAGAAUCUGUCUCUGGAUGUGUGGCGCGAUUUGUUGGGAGCUCUCAGCGGCAAACCAAGGAAUAUCGCGCCCUCCCAAAAUCCUGCCAAAAUCAGAGACGAAAUCAGGCACUACGCUACGGAACAGAGGCUGCUGUCUCGCCAAGAGAUGUACGAUACUGCUGUGCUUCUAAGCCGACACUUCAUGAAAGAGAGAUUGCAAUAUGGAUUAUACGGGCUUUAUCCGAAGUACAGAAGUUACAACGAACCAUUGACCAUAUUUUUGGGCAUGAUCGGUCAUGCUCUAGUCGUAUUGACGCUACAGGCUGAUCGAGGGUCACUUGCUGAUCAAUUGUGCGAGAAGAUCUGGCCGGUAUUAAGCGAGAUGUACGCACCAUGGAUCACUCCGUACUGGACAAGGAACCUGCGGGAGCCAACGGCCGCGUGGAUCCAGCAAUUGACGGACGACAGGUCGGUGCUGCUACCGUGGAUCAUUACCGACGGUCCUUACGCGAAUCGUACGAUGACGAUGUUCGCCGAGUGCAUUCGUUUCAUCAUCGACACCAUGCCGGCAUCUAGUAAGAUUCUCAGCUUCGUAUGGCAAUUUUACGUGGCCAAUUAUGCUCACGCAUCCGUCAAGGACCAUGUACUGAACGUUGUGCAUGGUAACUUGUUGUCUCUUCCUUGGGAUCGCUUCUACCCUGCUACCAAUGAUGUCGAGUUAAUGAUCAGGGUCAUUGAUCAGUAUCUGCCGGACUGCCAUUUGUUCCUCGGAAGCAUCUUCGCCUGGGUCAACUGGUCUGCCUGGGUCAGUGAAUUAACCACGCAACCGUUGCCGGUCGCCGCCAGGAUGCACGUUUGUCUGUUGAACCUGUUCGUGAAACUAUCCAAUGAACCAAACGUCAGACAGAACGAGAAGGCGGUGCAGUUAGUCAUGGAAGCCGAGAGCUUCUCUUGGCACUUAAUCGACGCUGCGGCGUACGAUCAAGUGAUUAACUGGCAUGUGAUGAGUUGCGAUCCUAAAGUGAUCCUAUGCCUGGGCAAAGACCAGACUCAUCCUAUCGAUACAGCCGUCAAUAACUUGCUGAAGAUAGCAGCAGCCUAUGAUCCUGCGGUGAAACACUUUCAUCCUACCACCCUGAAGAAGAGACAGAUGUAUGUGCGUUCCUCGAUGAAGUUGCUGAUCAACUGCACCACGAGGCACAAGUCCCUGUUUUCGACCAACAGCAAAGCGUUCACUAACACGUUGUCACGGAUGCUGGACGAGAUGGAAACCGUUAUCACCAGCACUGUCUCUGAGUCGCAACAGGUUGCCGAGGCCGGUCUGCUAAUCACUGAGCUUUUGCAUUCAAUCAAUCAGAGUGGAGCGCUGGUCGAUUACCUUCGCAGCAGUUGGACGGUAUGGUUGCUAGAACGAACUGCUAGCAGCCCGGUGCUGAUGGGAGUGUUAAGAGUGAUCGGAAUGGCAGUCGCUUCCUCGUCCACUCUAGGUCAUCUCAUGGAGGCUGCCUUGGAGGCUUAUUUCAAAUAUAACAUAACGGAAGACGUUCGACCUACAUGGGCUUCGGUAUUGAUGGUCCUACAGUCCGUAGUACCGCGUCAGCCGCCAUUAGAGUCCGUGUUGGUGUCAGAGGGAAGACUGUUAGCCCUUUACUCUGUAUUACUGAAGAGACUCCCGUCCUGCAGAGAUAUCCGGGAGGAGGGCAUGCUUCUGAUUAAUUUAGUGGACUGGAUUAGCGCUAUUAAAACCACAGAUAUCGUAGAGGAGAAACUGCCUUUGCUGUGGGCGAAAGCAUGCGAGCUGGCCUAUAGGCAGUGUCAGUACAGUGAGAACACAGUGAUCGCUGCCAGAGCCUUGAAGGGAUUAGCACGAGCAUUGCUAACAGUAGCGGACGAUGCGGGGCAAGGAUGGGGUAUCCUGGGGGCUAUUGGACUAAGAAAAGGCUCUCAGCUCACCGUACGGUGCAAGUUCCUGAGCCGCGCAACAGCCGUCUACUGUUUGGCACAAUUACCAGAAUCCAAGUCCGAUCAGCAAUUAGUGAGAUACACUCCACACUCGCCCGGUGUUGCACCUUCAAGAUCGACCGAUCCGGACACGAUGGAGAUUCGUCCUAGCGCAGAGGCUGUGAAAGCAAUGCAGAAUCUGGAGGGGCUCCUGAUGAACAAGCAGUAUACAGAGCUACGGGGAGAUGUGGAGAGAGCCAUUAGACUCAUCAGGGAUUCCGCCAACUCACUUCACAAUGCAGUAGAAAUUGUUGGCGCACUCACCACGGAGCUCUACAAUCAAAGAUACCUGCAUGUGCUGACAGAGUGAUACUAGUUUUAUUUAAAUUUAGCGACGGGCUGACAAACGCCUCGAAUCGUUUCGAAGCGUGAUACACACGACCUCGUAAGAUUCUCGAUCGUAAGUCGAGUUUUGAAUGGUUGUAUUACGUCUUUCAAAAUUUUCAAACGUUUCUAACUCCUCGCAAUUAAUUUUAAUGUUUCAAGAUUUUUCAAGAUUUGCAAAGAUUUCCAAAAAUCGAUACUGAGUAUUUUAAGGAAAUUCUAUGAUUAAAUUACUUGAAAAUUUGCGUGAUUGAAUGCCCAUCAUUACGUAAAUUUUAAAUAACGCGUUUAAAUUGAAUGCUGUAAUAACUCGUAUCGGUUUGGUAGAUUGAGAUUGCAUUGUGAUUAUUCAUUUAUAUAUUAUAAAUUAUAAUCGAAUCCUGAUCUCUGUGAAAACGUAAAAUUGUGAUAUAAUUUCAAUCUUAAAUUUAAUUGCGUAAUUAGGAUAAGUCGCGUCUUAUUGUUUAAAUUUUUUUAGAUCUGUACCGAUCUCUCUAGUCACGAAGUUUUUUCUUUAAUUCGAGACAUUGUAAAAUCUAGCAUGCAUUCAAUUUAAAUGACCACAGUUACAUAAAUAGAAUUACGUAUAAUAAUUAAAAUGAUAUUUAAGGACGCAAUUGUUAUUUACAUUUAACGUAAAAUUUAUUGUGCAUUCGACUUGCGUCAUCGAUGCUUUGGUACCUGCGUACAUAAAUUCUGUUGUGUUGAAUCAAUGAAAUAUUUGGAUUUAUAUUUACAUAUCACAUUGAGAUUUUGACAACGCAAUUAACUUAUGAACGCGAUUAAUAUAGUUUCGUUGUUGAUAUUGCACGAAGUCAUUUAAGAGCUGUCAUAAGAAAUCGUUGAUGAAUAAAGAGUCGAUUAUUAAAUGAA